AUGCCUCCAGUGCUGGAGGCCUCCGCCGCGGCCGCCGCGGACCCGGCCGACCUCCACGUGGUCUUCUCCGCCGAGUGCAUCCCUGCCUUCGACUGGCAGAGCGCCGGCCUCUUCUACUCCUUCCGGCGCGUGCGGCAGCCCGGGCGCAUCACGCGGCUGCUGGCGUGCUCCGAGGCGCAGCUGUCCACGUACCCGAAGGUUAACCUCGAGAUGGGGCCAACCUUUGUUCACAAGAACAUGCGCUUCGACGCGAGCAACGACGCCGAGAAGGACGACCCGCACAACGACGGUAAAGGGACGGGGUAUGCCUCCUACAACAAGCCCUACUCGGUGAUGGCGUGGCUCGAGCAGACCGACGUCGAGGAGGACCACGACUAUGUCCUCUUCAUGGACUCGGACAUGAUCCUCCGCCAGCCGAUCGACCCGGUGGCGAUGGGCGUGACGCGCGGCAACGUCGUCUCAGCAGGUUGCUCACAGAAUUCUUAA